AUGGGCAAUCGGCCCUCGCAAUUAGGAUAUCAGCAACAAGGAUUGCUCGGCACAGAUUUCUCCUGGUUGCUAGCGUCUCCAGCCUCCAAUCUAAUUAGCAUCAGGCGCGCUUCAUAUCUUGUUAGAUUAAAAUUAGAAGCUGAAUUUUCUCGUCGGAGCACUCAAAAUUCCAUCCCUGGUUUGUUGAUACUGGCACAGGAUGAUAAAACGUAUCAACAGCAGCAGCAACAUCAAAGGUCGCGGCCAGCGAAUUCUAAACCGAAGAAGAAAACGGUCGAAUUACCUGAUGUCCUUCUGGAGCAGAAACAGAAGGAGGAUCAAAACCGUGCACGUCCUCAUACUCUACAGAAUCAAAAACAAGGAAGAUCUAAACAACAGCACCUGACUGACGUAACAAAAGCUAUGGGUAACCUACAGCUAACGGGACUUAGCGAUGGCCAUCCUGAUCUCAGCAAGAAAUUGCGCAAAUUACGGAAGAAAAUUCGUGAAAUCGAAGUAAUUGAAGAACGGUUACGAUCGAACGAUUGUCCGCGUCCAGACAAAGAUCAGAUUGAAAAGGCUAAGCGGAAACCAAAAAUCUUAAAGGAGAUUGAAGAAUUGGAACGAAGUAUGCCUAAAUGA